AUGAGCUUCUCUAUUGAAGUCCCCGGCGAGGCAAACCCGCUCAACUUCGAAACCCUCUGCCACGCUCUGCUGGGUGCAUCUUCGACCGACUAUGCACAAAGGCAGUCCGCGGGGCAGCAGCUCGAGUCUUGGGGGAGUCAAGGGCAGCCAGGCUACUACUUAGGACUUCAGACUGCUUUCCUCGAUCGAUCUCUCCCCGUCGACGCUCGCUUCCUCGCCGUCAUCCAACUGAAGAAUGGCAUUGACCGACUGUGGAGAGUUUACUCCGCCGCGACGAAAAAUGGCAUCAAACCGGAUGAGAAAGCUGCUAUACGGUCUCGUUUAUUUCAAGGCACAGUCGAUGAGCCGGACCGCAAGCUGGCUCUGCACAACUCUCUGGUCAUUGCCAAAAUUGUUCGCAUCGACUACCCAAACGAGUGGCCCGAUGCCCUUGCCAGUAUAAUAUCCUUACUACGCUCAUCCAAGAACGGCAACCAGCAUCAGCUACAUGGCGCUCUAGAGAUCCUUCUUCGCGUCGUCAAGGAGCUUGGUACUGCGCGCUUGCGGAAGUCACAAACUGCCCUUCAGUCCGUCACUCCCGAGAUCGUCUAUGUCUUGUCCGAAAUCUACGCCGAGAAGUCAAAUAUUUGGGUUUCAUAUCUCUCUUCCGGUCAGGGUACCGAAGCAGAAGCAAAGAUUGCAAUGCAAAACAGUCUUUCCGCACUUCGGACUCUCCGCCGCCUCGUCGUGGUUGGAUAUGACCGGCCGCAUAGUGAUUCUACCGUCGAACAAUUCUGGAUGCUCUCUCAAAAUCAGUUCGGUCAGCUGCUCAAUUUUGUAAACGACAGUAAUACUCCUAACGAAAUGGUUGGCAAGCAUCUUCUUCAAUUCACAAAACUUCACAUCGACAUGGCCGAGCAACACGCUGCCAGUUUCGCAUUCUUGCCCAACUCCCUGCCCCUGGUCCGCGCGUACUGGGACUUGAUUGCGAAAUUUGCAGAGGUGUUCGACUCAUCUGGUGGUAUUCGUCAGAGCCAAAACGAUGCCAAAGCAAAGGCAGAAGGCCCUCUUUUGGAGAGGCUUGCGCUUAAAGGUCUUUUGCUGCUGCGCGCCUGCGUCAGGGCUGCCUUCCAGCCUUUACAGACAUUUAAAUAUCGCACGCCAGAGGUCAAGGAAGAGCAAGACCGUGCACGCAACCUCAUUAAGAGUGAAUUGCUGCAGGAUGAACUCGUUGUCCGGAUUGUAAACACAAUCAUCAGCCACCUAUUCUUGUUUCGCAAAUCUGAUCUUGAAGCCUGGGAUGAUGAUCCCGAGGAGUGGGAGCAACAAGAACAGAGUGAAGGCAACGCGUAUGAAUGGGAGGUCCGCCCGUGUGCUGAAAAGCUAUUCCUGGAUCUUCUUACAAAUUACAAGCAGCUCCUCAUUCCUCCUCUGCUGCAAUAUUUCCAGAGUGCGCAAACACCGCAAGCAGAUAUCGCCACCAAAGAAGCUGUCUAUACCGCUAUGGGGCUCUCCGCUGCACACAUUGUCAACUCUUUUGACUUCGAAGCUGUCCUGUCUUCAACCCUUAUCAGCGAUGCACAGCAAUCAGGUGGUCUGUUCAAGGUUCUGAGACGUCGCAUCGCCAUCCUCAUCAGCCAAUGGGCACCUAUUCAACUAUCCGACCAGAGCAGACCGGUGGUGUAUCAAAUUUUCCGCCAUUUCUUGAAUCCCGAAGACGAGACAAACGACAUAGUAGUGCGAAUCACAGCUGCUCGCCAGCUCCGAUGGAUCGCGGAUGAGCUGGAAUUUAAUGUCGACGCAUUCCUGCCGUACACUCCCGAUGUUCUGGGCCAACUUGUCUACCUGGUUCACAACGUGAGAGUUGACGAAACGAAGCUCGCUAUUCUAGAAUCUAUUCGAAUUCUAGUUAUGCGCAUGGAAGACCAGGUGGCGCAAUUUGGUGACCAGCUGAUGACCGGGCUCCCCGAGGUGUGGGAGAACUCGGAUGCGGAAGAGUACAUGAUAAAGCAACAUAUCAUUGCCAUCUUCGCUGCCCUUGUCACAAGUAUGGGCAACGAUUCACAGCGUUACCACAACUUUAUGAUGCCUCUCCUCAGCGAAGCAGCCAGAGAAGGCUCCGAUCUACACGUCCAUCUUAUUGACGAAUCUCUGGAGCUUUGGACUGCAAUUUUGGAACAAAGUAAACCCCCUUUAAACAAGCAAGUCCUCGACCUUGCCGAUGCAGCUCUACCUCUUCUGUCUUAUCAACAAGAAACGGCUUCCGUAGCCAUGUCGGCGGUGGAGUCGUAUAUUCUAAUUGCCCCUGCAGCUAUGCUUGACGGUGAUAUGCGCACCGCUACGCUGACUGCACUUUCCAACUGCCUCACCUCAACAAGCAGAGGGCAAGUCCGCUCCGCUACCGUGUGCAUUGAAUAUCUGAUUCGCGCUGCCGCUCAACUUGGAGGUUCUGACGGUAUCUCUGUCGUCAUUCGAGACAUGGUAGACAUUGGCUUCAUGCGCGUCAUCAUGGGAAAUCUGCGGGAUGCCUGGGAAGCCCACCAAACAACAGGGCCGAACAGGAGGGUCAGCAAGCUGAACACUGUAACUCAGGGAGACUACUUUGCCAUUCUUGCGCGCCUGGCACUGGCUGAACCGGGUCUGUUUGUGCAACUCCUGGCAUCCUUCGGUGCCUUAGAUGAAGUAUGGAGCUGGUUGUCUGCCGAGUGGUUCUCGUACAUCCGCAGCAUGGAUAAUCUUCCGCGUCAGAAGCUCUUUCUACUAGGACUUACUCGAUUACUGGAGCUGCCGUCUCCUAUGCAGGAGCUGACUCUGGCCAAACUGCAAGAUUACUUCGACAUGUGGGCAGGGGUAUUGGCAGAACUGCAGGAAGGCGUCCCCAACGGCCACGACACGUUGAUCGGAGACUUGGGAGAGCUGGGAGAAGCAACAGAGUAUGAUACCCCGAAGCGCAUCACAGAGCGGCAGAUGGUGGCCAGCGAUCCUGUCCACACCAUCCAGGCUUCUCAAUUUGUUCGCGAGAGACUGCAAGAUGUUGUCGGCCGUGUAGGCGGCGAGUCAGCAUUCCAGGAGCAGUGGGCGGCCAAUGUUGACCGAGACGUCACCGCCAAGUUCCAGACCAUGGCGGGUCUGGGUCAGUAA